AUGCUUUCACUACCAUCAUAUGAUAUCAAUUUAAAAGUUCCAUUUAUCUUAUGCAAUUGCAAACUUGCGGAAGGUCCUACUUAUGACUACCGUACAAAUACGCUCUUUUGGCUAGACAUUGAGCGAAAACGUGUUUACUGGGCUGAUUUUGUACAGCCAAGCGAGUCAGACUUGGAACCAAUAGAUCAGUUUUAUUUCGUUGUAGUGCCUGAGAGUGUCACGGUUUUAGGGUUAACUGAUACUCCAGGGAUUUUUGUAGUAGGAGCGAAGCGUGGGUAUGCUAAACUGGAUCUGACCAAGGAAAUCAAGUUAUCGAAAACUCCAGAAUAUGUCAAGCGGCAUAUUGGGGAUGUCAAUAUCAAGUAUAUUGAAGUAGUACAUGAGAAUGAAGAUUCGUAUCUUCGUUUUAAUGAUGGUGCUGUUGAUGGUGCUGGUCGGUUUUACGCUGGUAGCAUGGUCGAUACUGGAAACAAGCUUGCACCUGUUGGAAAAUUGUACUCUUUGACUCUGAAUGGCAAGGACCCCUACGUGUCAAAAAUCAUUGAGGACGUCACCAUCCCGAACGGCUUUGGAUUUAGCCCCGAUAACAAAAUUGUAUAUUUCACAGACUCACCAACAAGCACAAUAUUCCAGUUUGACUAUGAUAUUGAGACAGGAACUUUAUCUAAUAGACGGCCUUUUGUUACUAUAAAAUUGCCCAACCUUGAUGCUCCUGAGCCUGAUGGCUUGACAGUAGCGGAAGAUGGAUCAGUAUGGACGGCCAUUUGGCAAAGCUCAAGGUUGCAUAGGUAUUCAGCGGCUGGUGAGCUUCUACAAGAGUACGUUUUCCCCUCGGCGACACGAAUUACAUGUCCGACAUUUGCGGGUGUUAAUCUUGAUUAUUUGGUUGUGUCUACUGCCAGUCUUCAUCUUGCUCAAGAUGGAAGCAUUGAGGAGGAAGACGAGGAAGAAGAGCAAGAAGAGGAAGAGAAAGAAAGAAAAUCGAUUGCCUUUGAAACUGAUGAUUCGCUUGAUCUUGGUGGGAACUUAUUUAUUGUGAAGGUUUGCGAUACUAGAGGAUUAAAGAAAAACGUUAUGAUCCUUAGUUAG